UGGAGUGUGUUAUAUAUGCUUAUGUAUACUAGAGAUAUCGUAUAUCUUGACUAAAGAAAACUGCGCAAUAGUUUCUAACAGGCGUUGCUUGGAGUAACAACCAGUGAUUACUCCUAAUCAUUUUCUUGUCAAGCGAUUAAUCGAGGAUGUCUCUCCAUGAUUAUGAGCGACUGUACACCCCGAGUGAAUGGAGCAAACGAUAUAAUUCUGAAGAGCUGCAAGCACAUUUCUUGAAAUUCUGCGAGGAAGUUACGGAAGAGACUCGGAAAACUGUUAAAUCUGAACUUAAUGUACCAUAUGGUCCUACAGAGCGCGCAAAAUAUGACAUAUAUGGUGUCGAUUUACCGAAAGAUGCGCCGAUAUUUAUAUUUAUCCAUGGUGGAUAUUGGCAAGAAUUCAGCAAGGAUCUCACUGGCUUCUCGGUACCUUUGUUUGUUAAAAAUAAGAUCAAAGUAAUAACAGUUGGAUACGAUUUGUGUCCGAAUGUCAGAAUUGGGGAUAUAGUAGCAGAGAUAAAGACAGCGGUCGCGCAGAUAUUAAAAUAUGCAGUUGAUUCAGGCUCUAAAUACGUGAGCAUUGCUGGACAUAGUGCUGGAGCACAUUUGGCUUCAUGUUUAUUACACGAUGACGAUUGGAUCAAUCGCAUGACAAAGAAAGGAUAUUUUGCAAUAUUAAAGCAAAUCAUACUGAUAGGCGGCCUUUAUAAUUUAAAACCUAUAAGUAAUAUCAGUUUUGCAGCUGCUCUUAAAUUGACUGACGAAGAAAUUGAGAAAUUCAGUCCUUCCUUUGACGAAGCAAAAGGCCGUCGUAUCACUAAUUUGAAAGUUAUCGUAGUCGUAGGUGAUUGCGAUUCCCCAGCGUUUAUGGAUGAAUCGCGUAAAUACGCCCAGAAACUUAUUUCUAUUGUGGAUAAUGUGGAAUACCUGUUACUUCAGGACAUCGACCACUUUGAUAUAGUGGAGAAACUUCUGGAUCCGAACUAUCAUCUUGCUAAGUUGAUAUUGAAGUGUCUCCAGUCGAUGUGAUCCUUUAUUAGAUGAACAUAUAAAGUUAAUGGAAUUUGUUAUAAGGCACUUUGUAUUCAACGCAAUAUACAAUUUAAAUUUGCUAAAAAGA